UGGCUACCUCUCUCGGGUUGGAACAAGCGCCUGCAGGGCAUCGGUGGCGACGAUUUUGCGGGGACCCGCGGUGACAGUGCCACGGCCAUGGCCGUGGCCGAGGGGUAUGCAGCAGUUAGCUCCGACUUGGGGCAUAAUGCAUUCGCCCCGUCGGCACGAGAAUGGGCGCUCGAUGACGAGUCGGGGCAUGUGAACGUGGCCCGGCUGCUGGAUUUCUCCUCCGUCGCUCUGUCCGAGAUGGCUAUUCUGGCGAAAGACGUGGUCCAACAAUUCUACGGAGAGGUGCCGAAGCGUUCCUACUGGAACGGAUGCUCCGGGGGCGGCCGCCAGGGAAUGGUGCUCGCGCAGAGGUUUCCCGAUGCUUUUGAUGGGAUUUUAGCGGGUUCUCCAUCUCUCAGCUGGGCGCAUUCGAUGCCGGCGAGCUAUUGGUCCAACUUUGCGAUGCGUCUGCUGAACAUCCAUCCAUCUCCCUGCGUGAUGAACGCUAUUGCUGCGGAGGUCAUCAAGGCCUGCGACGAUCGUGAUGGAGUUAUUGAUGGAAUCAUUACCGAGCCAGACCUUUGUGACUUCAAUGCGCUUCUCCUUGUUGGCAAGCAUGUCGACUGCGGUGACGGAGUCGACGUUGAGAUUACGCUUGAUGUGGUCAUCUUGGCCCAGAAGAUGUGGCAGGGCAUGCGCGAUCAGUAUGGUGUGCCUUUAUGGCAUGGCUUUUCACGAGGUUCGUUGUGGCAUGGCACCGAGUGCUCCUCAUCAGAAGCGGUCCACAAUCAUAGUUGCAGCCCUACGCUCUAUCGCGUUGUGAUCGACUGGUUGUCGCUGUUCCUCGCGCAGAACCCAGAUUUAGAUCUAUAUCAGUUGAAGUUGACAUAUCCAGAGUUUGAAGGCUUGCUUCGUCUCUCGGUCGCCGGCUAUCGGUCCAUAAUCAGCGCCGACUCCCCUGACCUCCACGAGUUCAAGAAGCGCGGCGGUAAGAUCAUUCACUGGCAUGGGCUGAACGACGAGAAAAUAGCUCCCGGUGGGUCCAAGGCCUACUAUGCGGCCGUGGCAGAGCGUGAUCCUGCGGUCAGGGACUUUUACCGGUAUUUCGAGGCUCCAGGGGUCGGCCACUGUGGCUCAGGGCCGGGCCCUGCUCCUUCGGCCAUGAUGGCUGCACUGACAACAUGGGUGGAAAUGGGAAUGGCCCCGGAUAGCCUUCCGGCUGUAUCGGAAGAUGGGAGUCUGUCGAGGAUUGUGUGCCCAUACCCGUUGGUAGUCACCUACCUGGGAGGAGAUCCUGAUAAGCCUGAAGGUUUCGGCUGUUGGGGAUCAAUGGGAGAACCCGAGGAUCAGACGGGCUGGCCUUUGUAUGUUGGAUGGGGCUGGGACGAUGUUGAGACAGUCGUUUGGGCAUAGAACAUGGCUAAAGUAUAAUAGGUAGGUUGACAUAGACUUUUAGGAGGUAGGUGUUGUGGUAGAUGAGGAUGUACAAUAUGGUAGUAGCCUAACUACAGAAAUUCAAUGUAGGCAGGCUC